CGUGCGACUCUGGAGAUAACAUUCUUGGGGUCCACCAUAUUGGAGGAGUCGAAAGGAAAAACCUGGAAUUUUUGCUAAAUCUUUCGUUGCAACGUAGUCAAAAAUAUUAUAAAAGCAAAAUCGCAAUAGCUAACAUUACACGCAAAUUAUGUGUCUGAAAUAAAGCCGGUUACUUUCGUGAUCAACUCGCCCCUGUCGAGGAGACGGUGAGCCUACGUGGACCCUUGUCUGUUCUGCAGCCUUUUCCUCCCUUACCAAACAAAACCAUGGACCAGGACUAUGAACGCCGGCUGCUUAGGCAGAUCAACAUCCAGAAUGAGAAUGCCAGCCCUAUCAAAGUAACGGAGGUAAUGAGAGCUUUGACUCCCACCAGCUCCCCCUUGUCUUCCCCAAGCAAGCAUGGCGACCGGUUCAUCCCGUCUCGUGCUGGGGCCAACUGGAGCAUCAACUUCCACCGGAUCAAUGAGAAUGAGAAGUCACCCAGUCAAAACAGAAAGACGAAAGAUGCUACAUCUGACACUAACAAAGCAGAUGGGCUGGCGUAUUCCGCCUUGCUGAAGAACGAGCUUCUGGGCGCCGGCAUUGAGAAGGUUCAGGACCCGCAGACAGAGGACCGUCGACUGCAGCCCUCAACCCCCGAGCGGAGGAGCCUCUUUAGUUACUCCCUCAGCGCCAAGCGGUCCACGCCAGAUGACGGUAACAGCGUCUCUCCUUACUCCUUGUCCCCCGUCAGCAGCAAGAGUCAAAAGCUGUUGCGGUCACCCCGGAAACCAACGCGUAAGAUAUCCAAGAUUCCCUUCAAAGUGCUGGACGCCCCUGAGCUGCAGGAUGACUUCUACCUGAACCUGGUGGACUGGUCCUCUCUGAACGUGCUGAGUGUGGGCCUGGGGACCUGCGUCUACCUGUGGAGUGCCUGCACCAGCCAGGUGACACGGCUGUGCGAUCUGUCGGUGGAAGGCGACUCGGUCACAUCAGUGGGCUGGUCAGAAAGGGGUAAUCUGGUGGCCGUGGGUACACACAAGGGCUUUGUGCAGAUCUGGGAUGCGGCUGCUGGUAAGAAGCUUUCCACGCUGGAGGGACACACGGCCAGAGUGGGUGCGCUGGCGUGGAAUGCGGACCAGCUGUCGUCUGGGAGCCGGGAUCGCAUGAUCCUGCAGCGGGACAUCCGCACGCCGCCCCUGCAGUCCGAGCGCCGGCUCCAGGGGCACCGGCAGGAGGUGUGCGGCCUCAAGUGGAGCACCGACCACCAGCUGCUGGCUUCCGGGGGCAACGACAACAAGCUCCUGGUGUGGAACCACUCCAGCGUGCUGCCCGUGCAGCAGUACACCGAGCACCUGGCCGCCGUCAAGGCCAUCGCCUGGUCGCCCCACCAGCACGGCCUGCUGGCGUCCGGCGGGGGCACGGCCGACCGCUGCAUCCGCUUCUGGAACACGCUGACGGGCCAGCCGCUGCAGUGCACCGACACCGGCUCCCAGGUCUGCAACCUGGCCUGGUCCAAGCACACCAACGAGCUGGUCAGUACCCAUGGCUACUCCCAGAACCAGAUCCUAGUGUGGAAGUACCCCUCGCUAACCCAAGUGGCCAAACUGACGGGGCACUCCUACAGAGUCCUGUACUUGGCCAUGUCGCCAGACGGGGAGGCCAUCGUCACUGGAGCCGGGGACGAGACGCUGCGAUUCUGGAACGUGUUCAGCAAAACGCGGUCGACUAAGGAAUCUGUAUCAGUUCUGAACCUGUUUACUAGAAUACGGUAAUGCUGAGGUGCUAUUCGGGGAAGAAGAAACAGUGGCUUCAUCAUUCAACGCACAUCUCAUCCUGCAAGAUCCUUACUCCCGACACUGCCUUCUGACGAAGAGGAGCACAGAAAGCGAAGACACUCUUCCUCCUUCUGUUUGUUUACAAAGGGACUUGAUUUUUUGGGAUCGGCCAAAUACAGAUUUAAAGGUUUUGUCAUCAUUAAUGUUUUUUUUUCUGCCUCAUUGUACAGUUUUGUUGUAAUUGUUUUUUUUUGUGUGUGUAUGUGUACGUGCUUUCUUUUGUACCAGUUGUCUACAGUCACACAGUUUGUGUUAACAGCCUUAAAAUUUAAACCAAUGACAUAACCGUAGGACUUGAACACACAUGGGCACUGUUUCAGUUAUUUCUGCAGUUGUAAUUUAUUUACCUGAUGAUAAAAUUAUUUUUAAGUUGGAUUAUUAGGUUGAUUUCAAGAAGAAUGAUAAUCAGGGGUGGAUCUUAUGGCAGAGCAAUAUUUGUUUUUAAAUUACAGUACUACUAUAAAAUGUCAUUUCUAGUAUCGGGCAAUUGCUACAAGGGACUUGAUCCAAAUUACUUUGUGGGACUAUCAAAAAAGUUAUUUUCCUUUUUUUAAGUUACAUGCUUCCUUGCAGUUAAGUAACUGUAAGAAAGCAAUUCAUUUUUAAAACACGAUGAGUAUAAUGGAGAUGGGGUUGUUUGUCAUACAUUUAGGUGACCUGCUCUUCAGUACUGCCCUUCUUUCUAAGUUUUACUUAUUCAUAGGAAAACCCAAUUUGGUUGAAGCUUCUCGGAGAGUAUGAUGUAUAUGUCUACAUUACAUUGUUUAAUGUGGUAAUUUGAAUAUUUUUUUAAAACCCCAAUCAGUGAUGCUUUCCUCCAGAUCAGUCGGUGUCAGUUCCAUCAAGCAUGUUACACGUGACAGUACAGCUUGCCUACCAGUGUUUAAAGGGAAACGUUCCGUUUUUGAAGUACUGAAAAAUUCUGUUGGAAAUGAUUCUACUUAAUCCUUAGGUUUUUUAAAAUUAUGGUGAGGUUAUCAGUGGGACAAUAGAAUAUUUCUACCACCUUGUUCAUGUGACUUGAACUGUAUAGAACAAAGAAAUCCAUGUAGCUUUCUAGCAGUUGAUACUUUGAAGAAAGGCUGAGUAAUUAUCAAGGAUGAAAACUGUCCGUUUCCCCCAUUGUAAAGUUUAAGGAAAUCUUUUCCAUUUGAGUCCCCUUGUUAAACAUAGUCAGUUAUUUUAGUUCAGUUCAGGUCAUCUUUCUCAUGGCACUUCUAUAAUCUCUUGUUUCAAAUGACAAAGCAGGUUGUGUGGAAGAGAAAGUUUGACUUUCCUCACUUUAAAAACAUAAGAAUACUCUGAUUGCCUGUUUUAUAUUCUUGAGUAGCUUGUUUAUUUCUUUAUCAAGGUUUGAAUGUACUUUCUGUACCACUAGAGUGAAUGGUAUUUAUUUGACUUGUGGAACGAUAUUAUGAGUGAUGUGAGUUAAACUUUAUACAGGCUGAAUGUGGAUGACCUGUUUGUGUCCCAAGUUUUUAUAGUCAUUUAUUUUCCAUCUUCUGAGAUCAUAACUGCCAACUUGAAAAGCCUAAAGAAUGUAAAACGAAAUCAAAGAAUUUAUUUACUGGAGAAAUUGAAUAAAUUCUGAUUUGUGGCCCAUGGUA